AUGGCUUCUGAACUUUGCCCCGUCUAUGCGCCCUUCUUUGGUGCGCUCGGCUGCACGUCCGCUAUCGUGUUCACCUGCUUCGGUGCCGCCUAUGGAACCGCCAAGGCUGGUGUCGGUGUUUGCGGCAUGGGUGUUCUGCGCCCCGACCUGAUCGUCAAGAACAUCGUUCCCAUCGUCAUGGCGGGUAUCAUCGGUAUUUACGGCCUGGUCGUCUCGGUCCUGGUCGCCAACGACCUGACCCAGAAGCUCCCUCUGUACACGGGAUUCAUCCAGCUGGGUGCCGGUCUGUCCGUUGGUCUGGCUGGUCUUGCUGCGGGUUUUGCUAUUGGUAUUGUCGGUGAUGCUGGUGUUCGCGGAACGGCGCAGCAACCCCGACUCUACGUCGGAAUGAUUUUGAUUCUCAUUUUCGCUGAAGUCCUGGGUCUGUACGGUCUGAUUGUUGCCCUUCUGAUGAACUCGCGCUCGAAAGCUACGUGCUAA